AUGGAUGACUGGUUCCACAUCAACGGAAAGCCCAAUGAGAAGAUGGAGGACGACACAUGGUACCGCACUGAGAUUGCUGGAUUCUUGGUCCGAUACAGGCGCAAGGGUAUCAGUGCCGAAGCCCACAUCUACCUUGAUGGCCCCAAGGAACGGCUCACAAUGAAGACCUACAAGGGUUUUGUCCGUGUGGAUGUUCCCUGGAGAAUCACUCCUGAGAACUACAAGGGUGCUGUUGGUAUGCUUGGCAGCUUUGAUGAGAAUGGUGCUCGUAAUGGCCGUGAUGGCAAGCACAUUGGCAACCACAAUGAGUUUGGCCAAGAGUGGCAAGUUCGUGAGGACGAGCUCAAGCUCUUCAAUUCUUAUGAAGGUGCCGUUUCUGCUCCCGAGAAGUGCAAGCUUCCUGAGUUCACAAUGGCCCAGCAACAGAUGCGCAAGCGUCGUCUUGCUGAGUCCACUUUGAGCCAAGAAGACAUUGAGAAGGCAUGUGCUCACUUGCCCGAAAAUCAGCGCAGUGCUUGCGAGUAUGAUGUCAUUGCCACUCAAGACAUUGACAUGGCCAGUGUUUGGUGA